UCACCCAGAGGAUGGAACAGGCUCCCCAGGGAAGCGGUCACAGCACCGAGACUGACAAAGCUCAAGAAGCGUUUGGACACCAAACAUUAUGGGGCACAUGGUGCGGCUGUAGGGGACUGCCCUGCGCUUUCUCGCAAGGCUUCCCUCGCCCUGAUUCAGGACACACCUCGCCGUCCCUCAGCUUCCCGCAUGCACAAGGGGAGGACGCCUUGCCCCGAGCCCUGGGGGCCGCAGAGGAAGCUGCCGCCAGCGCCGCCGCACCCCUGCAGCACCCGCGGGGCCGGGCUCGCCUCAGGCGGCCGCACCCACAGCGAGCGGCGGGCGCGGGAAGCGGAAGCGGCGCGGGAAGCGGGCAGGGCCGGGCCGGGGCGGCCGCGGGAGGCGGGGCGAGGAGCGGCAUGGCGGCCCGCGCGGGCCCGGCCUGCCGCCGCGAGCGGCCGAGCUCGUCCCCGGCGCGCAAGCGGCCGAAGCCGCUGCGGACGGUGGUGGCGUGGAGGGGCCGGGCGGAGUGGGACCAGGUGAUGGUGGGGCUGUACUGCGGCGACAGCCGGCUGCAGCAGGACGCGCUGGACCGCGUCUCGGCGUGGAAGAGCCGGUAUGGUCCAAAAAUGCCUCUUGCAGUGGACUCCACAGCAGAACUGAUUCGCUGUAAGGUCCUCGAUUCAUCCGGCAGACUGAAGUCACACGAGCUCAUCCUCUCUUAUGGGCUGGCUCUUGUAAGAUUUGUCAACUUGAUCACAGAAAGGAAACAGAAGAUGGUCAACAUUCCUCUGAGACAAUUAGCGAGAGAGGUGGACAUCCCCGUGUGGGUUGUGGAUCUCCGUCACGAGCUGACGCACGGGAAGCUGCCGCGGCUGGCCCUGUGCCGCAAGGGUUGUGAUGUUGUGCUGGACUGGCUACGAAAGAUGUAUUGGAGCCGUCAGCUGGGCAAUAACUUGUGUGAAGAAGAUGAGGAUGAGGAAGAAGAGCAGGAAGAGGUGGAAGCAAAUGCAGAUGGGGAUGGUGAAGCAUGGGAGAUGCAAACCCCGCAGCGUGAGGCCUGUCAGAAGCACAAGGAAUUCCAUGAAAAAGUCAGAGAUGUUCUGACAUCUUACAAGAAUGAGCAAUUCCGGGUUAUGCAGGCUAUGCCAUCUCUUUCAAAGUCUCGAGAGUUGUGGUCUGAUUCCUCUUCAGAAUUGGACUGGAUUUUGGCUAAGAUCAAAGACCUGAUGCAGGAAAACAGGGCAACAGUGGCUGAAGCUCUUCUCAGUGAUGGCUUUCUCAUCCCAAAGAUGGAUUGUCUGAAGAUGCUAAAUAUCAAGUAUGAAGCAAAUAAAGAGGUAGGGCAAUUCAAAAUUCCCCCAGCAUUUUACUGCUUUUGGCAGCCUUUGCUGUCAGGCCUCCUUUCACGAAAUUUUACACAGAUCCUAAUAGAGAAAAUGUUUGUAGAGCUGAAGGAAUGUUCUGACUCUUCAGAAUUCCGGCCUCAUUUCUUGAUCAACUGGAUUUCUGAGUUGCUGACUGGCAUUGCCAAAGUCAACGCUGGGAAGAAAAAACAACAGUGUAACAAGCAGGUGUCUGUGAAGGAGCUCUUCCUCCAUAGAAUUCCUUUGCAGUGGAUAAGAGUGACUGACAGUUGCUUGCAAGCUCCCUGCUGGGCAACCCCACAUCUUCUUCAGCUGAUCCUCACGAUCAUGAGACCUCGCUUGUCACGUGCUUCUCGGAAGAACCUUCUCUAUCUUGCUUCCAUUUACACAGAAGGAGGUGCCCCUCUGUCCAGUCCAGGCCUCUCUUCAGAUGGCAGUGAACAGCCAAUUUAUACUAUAGAGAGCUUACAGUGGAGAGCCAGGCAAGAAAAUCAGGUUAAAAAUCAAGGGCAGACUGUAGAGAAACAAGAAGAUGUGCCAGAGAGAGACAAUGGUGUAGAGGAAGUGGAAGAGGAGGAAGAAGAGAUGGUGACUGAAGCAAAUGCUUUGGAAGGACUUGCUCAUUCUGAUACCAUGGUGGCCAUUGCUGAGAAAAGGGCAGCACUGCAAGGGUCUGCCUGGCAGAUCACUGCAGAUGAAGUACGAUGGAAAGACUUUCCUCUUGGGAAACUCCCAGGGCAGACAGAUGACCCUGAUGGGCUCAUGUUGGAUAAUUAUUCUAUGAUGUCCCUGCUUGAUCAGCCAGUGAGGGAUGAGUGGAAGCCUCUCAAUACAAACUCUGCAGAAUUGAAUAUUCCCAUGACAGGAGGAUUGUUAUGGACCCAGAACGACUUACAUAAAAUAAAAAGUGGCCUUCAACUUUUCUGAGACAGCAGCAGAGUGCUCUGUGGCUUUUAGUAUUGCACAAGUUAAGUCUCAUGGAAGAUCUAAUAAUGGUGGUGGGAAAACAGUCACUCCAGAAGAAGUUGUUGUUGCUGUGAUUUAUUGAUUUUUACCAUGUAAAAUCAAUGUUUUUUAAAGGUCUUGUGUUUUUAGUUACAUGUACAGUGACCAUUGUCUUGCUUAACCAGUUGAAGCUUGCCAAAUAGAGUUAAGAGUAUUUUGGAAUCCCUCCAUGUUCCUUAACUUUUUCAUAAAUAAAUACAACUGACUGAAGGCAAA